UUCUUAGAUAGGUUCUCCCCACCCUGUCACAGGAGCACUCUAUAUUACCUGCCUGAGAGGAGCCUCUAGCUUCACACCCCAGGACCCUGUCUCCAGGAGCAAACAGCUAGACUCAUCCCCAGUUGAAGGAAAGCUGGCCAGCUUUGGAAUCACUGUUGGAAGAGAUGGCGAUGAGCCUAGGUCCUUUGUUGUUGGUCUUCGUGCUGGGUCUGGUUGUGAUCCCUCCCACUCUGGCUGAGAAUGAAAGGUACCAACAUUUCCUGAAUCAGCACUAUGAUGCCAAGAAAGGCAGCCGGGAUGAUGAAUACUGCGAGCAUAUGAUGAAGAAAAGACACCUAAUCCCUCCCUGCAAAGCUGUCAACACCUUUAUCCAUGACACCAAGAAAAAAAUCAACGCCAUCUGUGGAGAGAGUGGAAGCCCUUUUGGAGAAAACUUAAGAAUAAGCAAUUCUCGCUUCCAGGUCACCACUUGCAAGCAGAAAGGAGGGUCUCCCCGGCCUCCAUGCAAGUACCGAGCCUCUAAAGGGUUCAGAUAUAUUGUUAUUGCCUGUGAGGAUGGCUGGCCUGUCCACUUCGAUGAGUCUUACAUCGGUCCGUAGACUGCAGGCCCCUGGCACAGGCCUGGCUCUGUUUUCUUUUUAUCUCCCCUCACAGCCAUGAUCACUUAUUCAGCGUUCACUGUCACGGGCCAGGAAAUGAAUUAUCUGAAAUAUCCUUCUCCUGAUUUAUAAUGCCCAGAAAUAAAGAUAUCUCAAAAACCUCUAAGAGUCCGUCUGGAAGAUCACUAGUUCCCAGUAAAUUUAGCUUUUCCUGUUUUCUCUCCUUGCUGUACCCCAGGGGGAAGGGCCUGGAACACAGAGAGAUAUU